GCUAGCGCCGAGAGGGAGAAAGAGGAAGAGGUGGGGUGAAGCCAGUCCGCAUGGGGCGCUGACGCAUGCGCACAACUAACCGCGCCCAGUUCGGCUCUGCUCUUUCUUGGCCGGAGGCUCGGAUCCGACCCACUGCAGGGGCAUGAUGGUGGUGGGUACCGGCACCUCGCUGGCUCUGUCCUCUCUCCUGUCCCUGCUGCUCUUCGCAGGGAUGCAGAUGUACAGCCGCCAGCUGGCCUCCACCGAGUGGCUCACCAUCCAGGGGGGCCUGCUGGGCUCCGGCCUUUUCGUCUUCUCUCUCACAGCCUUCAAUAAUCUGGAGAAUCUGGUCUUUGGCAAAGGAUUCCAAGCAAAGAUCUUCCCUGAGAUCCUCCUCUGCCUCCUUUUGGCUCUCUUUGCAUCUGGCCUCAUCCACCGAGUCUGUGUUACCACCUGCUUCAUCUUCUCCAUGGUUGGUCUGUACUACAUCAACAAGAUCUCCUCUACUCUGUACCAGGCCACAGCUCCAGUCCUCACACCAGCCAAAGUCACCGGCAAGGGCAAGAAGAGAAACUAACCACAAAUGUCUAAUAAAGUUGAUUCUUUGUA